AUGGGCGCAGCGGGGUCGCGCGAGGUGUGGGUGGUAAUGCCGGACGGCCGCGCGGAGAGCUUCCGCGAGCCAAUCACCGUCGCGCAGCUGCUGGCGCAGCACCCGGGGUAUCUCGUGUCGCAACCUGACCUGCCCGGGAACCCCGUCGAGAAUCACGGUGCGAAUCGCGGGCGGCGGUGGAAUUUGCCAGCGGAAGAGGUGCUGCGGCUCGGGGAGAUGUACGUGCUGCACUCCGCGGAGCUAGCGAGCGUCGAAGACGUGUUUGCUGACGUGGCGAAUCGCGUGCAGACUAGGGGCCAGGCACCGCGGCAGCCGCGCAAGGCUCGCGGAGGCCAUUCGCGCUCCAAGUCCGCCUCUCUCGUCGAUGGCGGUACGCGCGGGGGAACCGAACACCCGGAGUGGCAUGAUGCCGUGAUUACCGCCGCGACUCACGGCGCUGGCGCUGGCGGAAAGCACAAGGGCAACCGACCGCGGAGGACGCGCGCAGCGGCGGGAGAAGGGGCGCGCGCGGAGUCUCAGAGCCCGGAAAACGACACGCGACAGGACGGAGCUGUCUACGCCAACGCAAUCGUUGCGGGUGUAGCCGCGGAAAGCGGCCUCGAGAGCUCCGCGGGCUGCGGCGCCAGAAGCCUUCCCCACAGCCCCUCGUCCUCCUCCUCCCCCCCGCUCUCCCCUUGCCUUUCCCCUCCCCGCGCCCGUCCCGGCCAUCGUCACGCGCGCGGCCUUCCCCCCCGCGUUACGUCGCGUCUGGCGCAAGCGCACGGGCACGGCAGGCGCGCGUCCAUAAGCGCGCUCCCCGUGGAGGGGGGAGGGGAGGGAAGUCGGGCGGAGAUACGAACAGGCAUUGGGGAGCAGCGAAGGGCGGGUUACCAGGUAACGAGCGGAAUGUUGUUCGGAAUCCCGGAUGGUGAUAGCAGCGACGGGUCAAUGGUGCUGACGUCACCAAAGAUUGACAUCUCGGAUGUGAUUGGCUACGACGUGUUCCCUGUGUCGUCAUCUGAGGGCGAAGGGGAAGGUAAGGGCGGCAGCCAAGCGUGGGACGAGGAAGGGGAGCGUGGGCGCGGAAAGCAUGGGCGGGGGGGAAACGGAAGAAGAGAGCAGACGCGUGGGCGCGCUCAGGCGCAAGCACAUGCGCGCGACUCCCGCGAGAUUGCUGGUGCCGCCUGCAGGAGCGGCGGGUUCAGCGCGGAUAAGGAACUCCCUCACUCUGCUCCCCUCCUGGCGGGCGGCACUGGCGCGGGUGGCACGGGGAGAGAGGCGGGGCAACGAGGGCGGGCGCGGGCAGGAGAGAGGGGGGUGGCGGGGCAGGUGAGGGGGCGGGGGGAGGUUUCAGCUGCGCUGCUGGCGCAUCUUCACUGGGAGAACGUGGCGGAGAGUGGGGGGAGGAGGGCGGUGAGGGGAGGGAGGCCAGUGGGGCGCAGUGUAUCCGCGGAGGAGGAGGGGGGACCGAUCGUGAGAGCCAGAAGGGAGGGUUGGAGUGUGGGAGAGGUGUGGGAAGAGAGAAGGGAGGAGGAGGAGGAGGAGGAGGAGGAGGAGGAGGAGGAGGAGGAGGAGGAGGAGGAGGAGGAGGAGGAGGAGGAGGAGGAGGAGGAGGAGGGGGGGGGGGAGGAGGGACGAGGAGGAGGAAGAGGAGGAGGGAGGGAUGAAAGAAGAAGAGGGGGGGGAGCAGCUACAGGCGGAAAGGGAUGGGCGGUUGGGGGUGGCGAACGGAGAGGGGGAAGGCGGAGGGGCAGGUGA